GCCUAGAGAGGUGAAGUGCAGGGAGAUCAGGGUAUAAAAGAGGGACCCAGCCAGCCUCUGUGUGUCCCAACACUCGGGUCUGCCACUGUGUCCUGCGUGUUGGUGAGCAGUUGGAAACCAGCACCAUGAAGAUUCUGGUCUUGGUCUUCGUUUGUUUGCACCUCUCAGAGGCUGUGGAAAGAAUUGUUCUGAGAAAAGGCAAGUCUAUCCGCCAGGCGAUGGAGGAGCAGGGCAUACUGGAAGCGUUCCUGAGGAACUACCCAAAGGGUGAUCCAGCUGCCAAGUAUUAUUUCAACAAUGAUGCCGUGGCUUAUGAACCCAUCACCAACUACUUGGAUGCUUUCUAUUUUGGGGAGAUCAGCAUUGGGACUCCACCCCAAAAUUUCCUGGUCCUCUUUGACACCGGCUCCUCCAACCUGUGGGUACCCUCCACCUACUGCCAGAGCCAGGCCUGUGUCAAUCACAACAGGUUCAACCCCAGCCUGUCCUCCACCUUCAGAAACAAUGGGCAAACCUACACACUAUCCUAUGGGAGUGGCAGCCUGAGUGUGGUGUUGGGAUACGACUCCGUGACCGUCCAGAACAUCGUCGUCAAUAACCAGGAGAUUGGCCUGAGUGAGAAUGAGCCCAACAACCCCUUCUACUAUUCAGACUUUGAUGGAAUCCUGGGAAUGGCCUACCCCAACAUGGCGGUGGGGAACGCCCCGACAGUCAUGCAGGGGAUGCUGCAGCAGGGCCAGCUCACCGAACCCAUCUUCAGCUUCUACUUCUCUCGCCAGCCAACCCAUCAGUACGGUGGGGAGCUCAUCCUGGGAGGUGUGGACACCCAACUUUAUUCCGGUCAGAUCGUCUGGGCCCCUGUCACCCAGGAAAUGUACUGGCAGAUUGCCAUUCAGGAGUUUGCCAUUGGUAACCAGGCCACUGGCUGGUGCUCUCAGGGCUGCCAGGCCAUCGUGGAUACAGGGACCUUCCUGCUGGCUGUUCCCCAGCAGUACAUGGGCGCUUUCCUGCAGGCGACAGGAGCCCAGCAGGCUCAGAAUGGUGAUUUUGUGGUCAACUGUAACUCCGUACAAAACAUGCCCACCGUCACCUUCAUCAUCAGCGGGUCCCAGUUCCCUUUGCCUCCCUCUGCCUAUGUCCUCAACAACAAUGGCUACUGCAGGCUUGGAAUUGAGGCCACUUACCUGCCCUCCCCCAGUGGGCAGCCCCUGUGGAUUCUGGGAGAUGUCUUCCUCAAGGAAUAUUACUCUGUCUACGACAUGGCCAACAACAGGGUGGGUUUUGCCUACUCUGCCUAAUGAGAGGCAGCUGUCUCCACCGUCCCUGCAGGACUGUGGCCUUGCCCUAAUGUGUCUGUGGGCUGACAGCAGCAUUUUCAACUAUC